AUGGGCCCGUCAUCGUACUUUGCCGCUGCGAAUGCUCCAGAAGCAGACGACUAUCUGCACGUUCCCGACACAAAAGGAGACAAGAAUCACGGCGUCUCCUUCGGAGGAUGCCUGAACAUUGCCACGCUCAUCAUCCUCGCGCUCAGCCUGCUCAUGCUCUUCGCAGGCUACCCAAUCCUAUCGCACUUUAUGAGCACGAGCGACUUCUUCUCCAAGCUCGGCAUCGGCCUCGGAGGGACCAACUCGUCAGGCCAGAUCCCGCAACUGCCCACCCGCCUGCUUGUCGACACCUCCACCCCUGACACCGCGCGAGUGUGGACCAAUAUUGACCAGCAGACGUACACACUCGUAUUCAGCGAUGAGUUUGAGCAGGAAGGACGGACAUUCUGGCCAGGAGACGACCCGUACUGGGAAGCGGUAGACAUUUGGUACGGCGCGACGGGAGACUAUGAGUGGUACUCACCCGAAGCGAUCAACACCACCGGCGGCCACCUCGUCAUCACCAUGACCGCGCAGGAGACGCACAAUCUCAAUUUCCAGAGCGGCAUGCUGCAGAGCUGGAAUAAGUUCUGCUUCCAGGGAGGGUACAUUGAGUUCUCUCUCCUCCAGCCUGGUGGGCCUAGCACGUCUGGCUACUGGCCUGCUGCUUGGCUCAUGGGCAACUUGGCUCGGCCUGGUUACCUUGGCUCCACGGACGGGAUGUGGCCCUACUCGUAUUCAUCGUGCGACACGGGUAUACUUCCCAACCAGACAUUCCUGAACCAAACAGGGCCAGAGAAGGCCAUCCACUCCAAAGCGAAGUACGCUAAGAACGGUCAGCUAUCGCGCUUGUCCGGCAUGCGCGCCCCCGCAUGCACCUGCAAAGGGCAAGACCACCCCGGUCCUAACAACAACGUCGGACGCAGUGCGCCGGAGAUCGACAUCAUCGAGGCGCAGAUUCAGAGCAAGGACGGCAGCCAACACAGCUUUGCGUCCCAGUCGAUCCAGACGGCUCCGUUCGACGUCGAGUACUUCUGGGGAAACAAGAGCACGCAGGCGAUCCUCUACAACAGCGAUACCGUGAUCAACACAUACCAUGGAUCUGUCUACCAAGAGGCCGUCUCGAGCGUCACGCAGUGCCCCGACGACAACUUUCCCACCACCGGCGGCCGUUUUGUCCGCUACGGCGUAGAGUACGAGCCCGACUGGAACAAGAACGGCGGCGGCUUCACCCGCUGGUACGUCGAUGGCAAAGCGACGUGGGAGGUCAAGGGAAGCGCCCUGGGCCCUGUGCCGGAGUUAGAUAUUGGCCAGCGCCUCAUCCCUGCUGAGCCGAUGAGUAUCAUCAUGAACCUAGGCAUGUCCAGCGGUUUCCAACCAAUCGACUUCACUAAGGCAGGUGUCUCAUUCCCCGCGCAGAUGAAGUUCGACUAUGUGCGGCUCUAUCAGCAGGGCCAGCCCAAGGUCUCCUGCGAUCCCUCCGACUAUCCUACAGCCGACUAUAUCAAGCGGCACCCGAACCUGUACACUAACCCCAACUUGACGCGCUUCGACGCGCCUUUCCCGCUCAACAAGCUCACAGCCGCGGCAAAUGGCGUCGAUUGCUAA